AUGGAGUCAGCUACUGUUCUCCGCUCUUUCCACUAUUCUAUAGGCACUGCUUCACAUGUGCCCAUGAUUGAGAAGCCUGGCAUGGUUCGCAAUUCAAUUAGAUCGCCCAUCCAGGGCUUAACAUUUGGUGGGAAGCUUGCUUCUUCUCCAAUGAAGCGGGAAAUUAUACUCGUAUCAUGUGUAAAGACAUCUGAAACUGCUACGACUGCCAAGUCCAAUGAUAGCCGUCUAGAAGGAUCACUGCAGAAAAAUUCUCUGCAAACCGCAACAUUUCCUUCUGGGUUUGAGGCCUUGGUUCAGGAAGUCUGUGAUGAGACAGAGAUUGCUGAGCUCAAGCUAAAGGUUGGAGACUUUGAAAUGCAUAUGAAGCGGAACAUCGGAGCCAUAACAGCUCCCACACCUGUUGUUUCUCCAACAAUGCCACCACCUAUUCCAAGUAAGCCAAUGAUUGAGUCAGCUGCUGCUGCCCCACCACUGUCACCACCAAAAUCCUCUACACAAAAAAUCAGUCCAUUUACAAACGUCGCUGUGGAGAAUUCAGCAAAGUUAGCAGCAUUGGAGGCUUCUGGAUCUAAUGGAUAUGUACUAGUAUCAUCUCCCAUAGUUGGCUCGUUCCGAAGGGGCAGAACAUUGAAAGGAAAGAAGCAACCUCCUAGCUGUAAAGAGGGUGAUGUAAUCAAAGAGGGACAAGUGAUUGGCUUUUUGGAUCAGUUUGGCACUGAACUUCCUGUCAAGUCGGAUGUGGACGGGGAAGUCUUGAAGAUCCUCUUCAACGAUGGAGAAGCUGUUAGUUAUGGAGAUCCCCUCAUUGCGGUCUUGCCAUCGUUUCAUGAUAUAAAGUAAACUUUGUGCCAUCUCAAACAGUUGCUUUUCAUCCUUCCUUUAUCUAGCUCUAAGUUUUGCAGUUUGCUUUUUUCUCAAAUCCCACCGUCUUCUGCUUUCGUUUCCUUGUGCAAAAUUUGGGGGCAAAAGGUGUAGCCACUGCCGUACUGCAGACAUUUAUAGUAAUAAACUCCAGAUACUUGAACAAAAAAC